GCCAUGCUGCCGCCCAGGACUGCACUCCUCUUGACUCUGGUCCUGGCUGCUGGCUUCCUGGGUCUGGGGGCUCGGAGACCCCCCCAGCGCCCGUCCCCCAUCAGCGCCAUCCAGCCCAAGGCGGGCUUCGACGCUCAGCAGUUUGCAGGGACUUGGUUCCUCGCGGCCGUGGCCUCCUCCUGUCGCUUCCUGCAGGAGCAGGGCCACCGGGCGGAGGCCACCGCAGUGAAGGUGGCGCCCCAGGGGGCAGCCAUGGCUGUCAACACCUUCCAGAAGCUGGAUGGCAUCUGCUGGCAGGUACGGCAGCUCUACAGAGACACGAAGGUCCCGGGCCACUUCCUGCUCCAAGCUCGAGGCGCGAGGGGAGACGUGCAGGUGGUCGUCGGGGAGACGGACUACCAGAGCUUCGCCGUCCUGUACCUGGAGCGGGCGCGGCGGCUGUCGGUGAAGCUGUACGUCCGCUCGCUCCCCGUGGACGACUCGGUGGUGAGCACGUUUGAGCAGAGUGUCCAGGGGGCCAACCUGACCGAGGACCACAUCUUGUACUUCCCCAAAUACGGUUUCUGUGAGGCCGCUGACCAGUUCCAUGUCCUGGAUGAGGUCAAGAGGUGAGGCCACCCAGCCCCUGGAUGAGAGGCAGAAAGGACCCUCCGCUGAGGCCUGCACCCCAC